CCAGUAAUUAUAAUUAUUAUUGUUUUUCUUAGAAAUAUUGGUAUCUCAUCUGGAAAACUAGAAGUUUUUGUUGUCCUGACAAGUGAUGAUGAAAAAGAAUACCUCUUAUUUCCUGGAAAAGAUGAAAGUAUCACCGAUUGGUUGGUUAAUUUAAAGAACAAAACAAACUUAGAAGACAAGACUGCACAACCUUUACAACGAGGAACACAGGGUGGAUUUAUGAGUCGGGUACGCAAUAGCUUACGACGCAAAAAGAAGCUUACGCGGUCAGCAUCAGAAGACACCAACCCAGUUUUAGAACGAUUUCACWUGAAAAGGCCGUCGUACAGUCCAUUGUCCACAGAAGAAAGCUUUGGCGAACUUUCCAGUCURAGACAGCCUUCACCAGGUAAAAGUCUAGACAGUCACUACAGGAAGUCCAAGAGGUCUCAAAGUUGUCCAAAUGAAGUCGCUAUGGAAAUGACAAUGCCGCAGGCGAAACGUUUUUCGGAUAAAUCCUGUGAUACUUCAAGUCUAGUAAUUCUUGACUGGAUCGUUACUGAUGAUUCCUUACCCGACCUAUCAAUUCCAACCCCUCAAACCAGUAAACAAGAUGCGUUUACGCAGACAACAAACACUCAACACGCUGAAAAAGCUCUAAAAGAUGCUUUAGUUUUGCUGGCGAKGCAGAUUCCGUCUCAAGACGACGAAGAAGAGGGAAAAGAAACAUUCAGAGAAGAAAGCAUUGACCAGCCAAAAGCUGAUUUAACCAAUGGAGUGAUGACACUUCAGCAACAAAAACUGAUUAGAGAAUUAGAAAUGGAAGUUUGCAAGUUAAAAUGUGAAGUAGUCAAUCUUAUUCAAGGGACCAUCAACAUUCCACUCAAAGAUGAUGACAUUGCAGACUGGCAUUACGUGGAAGAAAUUAAAUAUAAAGACAGGAUAUUUGAACUUCUAAAAGAAUCAAGACUGUAUAAUCCAAAUCUACCGAAUUACGACAGUUCUACGUGUAGUAAUUUUAAAGAUGGUUAUGGUUUUAUUCAUGGAAGCCGUGAAAGCGAAAGCGUAGUUUUCCACUAUGUUUGCCGUGAAUUGACUCAACAUUAUUCAAGCUUUUAUCAGAACAAAACUGGUCAUGUUAAAUUAUGGACUGAAUACUCGAAAGCAAAGCAAGAAAAUGAUAGCAGCAUGUUCUUCCAAGAGAAAGAAAUAAAAACCCUUGUUGAAGAAGGAAUACCAUAUUCCUGCAGAUCGCAAGUUUGGAAAUGUUUCAUCAAUGAAAAAGUAAAAGGAAAAAUUUUUCAGAAACCAGGUUUAUACAGCAAACUAGUGAAGAGAACCGCAGUUAAAAAGAAUAAAUUAAAAUCUGAAAUGACUGAAGUUGAACGACAAAUACGCUGCGACUUGCUGAGAACUAUGCCAUCUAACGAAGAUUUYAAAACGCUUGACUCUACAGGGGUUCAAAAGUUGUCGCGGGUUUUACAUGCGUUUGUGGAUUACAAGCCUGAAAUUGGAUAUCUUCAGGGAAUGAAUUUCUUGGUCGGGUUGUUUUUGCUUUUCAUGGAAGACGAGGAAGAUGCCUUUUGGUCGCUUUGUGCCGUGGUUGAUGUUUACUUGAAAAACUACUUUGAUGCAGUUUUGAGCGGAGUUCAAGCAGAUCAGGAAGUUUUGAAGGAACUAAUAGCUGAAACUAUGCCCGCGCUGAAUUCCCACUUUAAGUACUACGGCGUGGAUAUUUCUACUGUCACUUUCAAUUGGUUCAUUACAGUGUACUUAGAUGCCGUCCCUUUUGAGACUGCUGUUCGAAUAUGGGAUUGUUUUCUAUUUAGUGGACGAGAGGUUCUAUUCCGYAUUGCUAUUGGUUUAUUGAAGCUGCAGCAAAGGUCUUUAUUACAACUAUCAGGUUAUCUAGAGAUAAUGCAGUACAUGAAACGAGCAGCCCGAGUAACGUACGAUAUUGAUCGACUUUUUAAGGCCUCAUUUGAUGAGAUAACCAAGUUCCCUAGCAACGAAGAAUUGGACGAAAUGCAGAAGAAAUAUCGAUCAGAUAUCGAAGCGAAGAACGACUUUAAACUCACUGUUAAACACGAAMGAAAGAGAUCUAGAGUCAGUUCGUUCACAGUAGAGAUUGCAACUCCAGACCGGUCAGACCGGCUUGAUCACGUCCAGGUUGUGGAAUGUGCAGUUGCUGCAAGCAAAGACCUCUCGAAACCUGUAUGUAUAGCAUGUAGUGUACGAGGAGAAACGAAGCUCUAUUUGCUUGACAUCGACAAGAAGGAGAGAAGUACACUGGACGUCGAUAUCGAUUCUCGUGUGCUCUGUGCGGAUGUAGUUGGUGACGGUACCCUCUUAAUUGGUACCGUGUCCUGGUUUAUAUACGCCUUUUGUCUAGACUCUUGUGAGGAGAUCUGGAGCAUUCAGCUUAGCGACUCUGUGAUUGACUUGUGUCAUUACUAUGACGAGACAGAUGACAAGGUGUACGCGGCUUUGGCUGAUGGUUCUAUCGCUGUCUUACCGAAUGCUAAUUCCGAUGGCCCGCCGUCUCAAGGAUCACAUGUUCGAAUUGGCUCCGCCCCGGUGAUGUGCGUCACGUUAGUCGAUGACAAAGUGUGGUGUGGCUGCAGUAAUAAUGUUGUUAUCUUGGAAACGAGUACUCUUGAAGAAGUCCACGCCAUGGUCGUAUCACCAUCUGGUCGUCACCAGGUUGCUCGGUUGAUUGCAGGAGAGCAUGGGGUCUGGUGCACAAUACGGGGGUCAUCUUGGGUUAUUCURGUCGAUAAAAUCACUUACGAUGUUUUGUUCAAAGUUGAUGUUGCUUGUGAUACUAGUAUAAUAGAUGCUGUCAGUAUGGAGAUGCAGGUCACUGUUUCACCCUUCCAAGAAUCACGUGUCACAACAGUGUUACCAUUCAAUGAUGAAUUGUGGGUAGGAUUGGGGAACGGUCAAGUAUUAAUCUUUGAUAUUCAAGUGGGAUCCAAGGAG